AAACCCAUCCGUUAUUUCUUAUUGACGGUCUUUGUUGGUAAUAGCUCAAAUAUUACGUUGAUAAACAUCAAUAAUGCCGGACGGACAAAAACAUGGAGAUUAAAGCGACGAUUAAAUAAUUUGUUUUGUAAAAAGCUCGCAGGAGAUCAGGCUUGUUAGGUCGAUAAAUUUUGGAUCUUUAACUUGGUUCGUGGACAGAGGAUUAAGACAUCAGCUAGCCUAUGAAUCUUUUAAGAGAUAAUACAUGUUUUGUCGGAUUUAAGAGCCCAGCGUGUAACAGGUUCUUAUGAGAUUUUGUGAAUAAAUCUAUAUAGUUCAAUUUAAAACUGUUGAUACGACUUGACUUGUCCAUAGUCGUAAGGUGAAAUUCAUAUGAGAAAGUUUUUCAAUAAAAGUCUUUAUAGACAUUGUAACAUGAAUCUUUCAUUUGGAUUAUGGAUUUUAGUGCAUUAUACAUGAAAGGAUAUUAAAAUGGGACGGAAAAGAUCAGUUGCAGGAAGGAAAAUGGCAGGUUUCGUAAAAAAGUGUCCUUGCCUGAAGCCUCAGAUUGAGGAAGAUAUCAGAGAACUAGAUUAUCGUCACUUUAGUUUAACCGAUGUCCCUGCUGAAGUUUUUAAUGUUGAGCGAACCUUAGAAGAUCUAUAUUUAGAUUCCAAUCAGAUAAGAGAUCUUCCAAGGGAACUAUUUUAUUGUCAUGGGAUUAGAAAGUUAAGCAUUAGUGACAAUGAGAUUACAAAGAUACCUCCUGCCAUCGCAAGUCUUGUCAACCUUGAAGAACUUGACCUUAGUAAAAAUGGAAUUAUUGAUAUGCCAGAGAAUAUCAAAUGUUGUAAAUACCUCAGAAAUGUGGAUGCCAGUGUGAACCCCCUCGGAAAACUGCCAGAAGGAUUUACUCAGCUACUGAACUUGACUCAACUUUUCCUGAAUGACACCUUUCUGGAUUAUCUCCCUGGAAACUUUGGCAGAUUAUCCAAAUUAAAGAUUUUAGAACUUAGAGAGAAUCAUUUGAAGACAUUACCAAAAUCUUUCUCCAGACUAACAGAGUUAGAAAGACUGGAUGUUGGUCACAAUGAAUUCACAGAACUGCCUGAUGUACUUGGAAAUUUAAGCAAUCUUUUAGAGCUAUGGUGUGACCAUAAUCAGAUAACACAGAUUACACCAACUCUUGGGAAUUUGAAGCAGUUGAUGUUUCUUGAUGCAUCUAAGAAUAAACUUCAAUCCUUGCCUACAGAGAUAGAAGGCUGCACAUCAUUGGCUGACCUACAUAUGACAACCAAUCAGCUACAGUCUCUCCCAGACUCCAUAGGUAAUUUAGAGAACCUGACGACACUGAAAGUAGAUGACAAUCGCUUGGUAUCACUCCCCACAACUAUAGGAGGGUUGUCGUCAUUAUCAGAAUUAAAUGUUAGUACCAAUGAGUUAGAAGAUCUACCAGCCAGUCUAGGUUUACUACGAAAUAUAAGAACACUGUAUGCUGAUGAGAACUAUCUGAAAUUUGUACCAUCAGAGGUGGGCAGUUGUAAUGGUAUUACUGUCCUGUCUCUGAGGGGUAACAAAUUAGAAUACAUUCCAGAUGAAAUAGGUCGUAUUCCACGGUUACGAGUCCUGAACCUGAGUGACAACAGAUUAAAAUGUUUGCCAUUUACUUUCGUCAAAUUGAAAGAACUACAAGCACUGUGGCUGUCAGAAAAUCAGACACGUCCACUGGUUCCCUUACAGUCAGACCAUGAUCCAGACACAGGGAGGAAGAUACUGACCUGUUACCUUCUACCUCAGGAACCAAACACUGAUAAUGGUGGUGACCAUGGAGGAGAUACUGAUAGUUUUCAUCCUUCUAUGUGGGAUGAGGAACGAGAAAGGCGUCAACAGAUACAUUUUGAAUUCAACGAUGAUGUGGGCGAUCAGGGUAAACUAAUAAGACAUCCGACCCCAUACCCUAAAGAAUUGAGAGAAAAAAAUAGACAUGCUCAAAAUUUUGCCAUGAGGAAAAGGAUGGUGGGAGGCUCAGUAACAUGGAGUGAUGGAGCGGAAAACAAAGCAUUUUCUGAUGGAGAGGUGUCCCCAACAGGAGGAGCUGAUCUCAAUGAUGUACAUGUGAGAGAAGCUAGAAUCACCAAACCGUCAUCUCCUUCAUUACAUGAGACACAUAGACUCUACCGUUAUGACAAAGAAAAGCUUGCCAAAGAUAAAGCUAGAAUGCACCACAGAGGGAAUUCAGGAGAACAAGAAUUGACACUUGACUUGUCUCAAGUCAGAUUAUCUAAAGAGAGAGCAAAGAGACAUAGUGGGGAGAUAACUCCUGAUUGUAAGCCUCCACAAAUUCCUAUUAAAGUUCCAGGUAAAGAUAAAAUGAUAAAUGGAGCAGAUGAGGAUGAUGGAGGAUUUUCUGGACGAGAAAACUCUCGUCCAAAUUCAGCAUAUGGAUCAAAUCCUAAUGUUUCGACACAAAAUCAGGAUUAUUCAAGGGGAGGUAAACCCCAGCAGUCUCCAGGAUUUGCAUAUGCAUCUCCUAAUGAACUCGCCAAGUCAUUUUCUCAGUAUGGAUAUGCUCCAGUGAAUCAAUCACAAAAUAGAAAACAUCGAAGUCAUCGAGAUUACGAUUCUGAUACGGGUUAUAGGAGUGAGUCUGGUGUAACGAGAUAUAGCAGGCAGCAAAUGUUAGCACAGUAUGGUGGUAAUAGUGAUAUAACAGUGACUCCUUGUAAACCAAGGCGUAAAGAUGGAUAUUCUAGUGAUGUUGAAGGAUAUUCACAACGGACACAAAAUACUGCCUACAGGGUGCAACAGCAGCCUUUACGUAGUCAGUCCAAAUCAAAUAGUCUUCCUUAUAAUUUAAAUAGUAAUCCUCAAAAUAUGAAUAGACCUAAUCAAGCUGAUCCUGGGCAUAUGAAAACACAGCUUGAGAGUGCUAGUCGGACACCACUUGGUGAUAAUAGUGUUAAUCGAACGCCUCAUAGUGAAAAUGUGAAUCAAUCUUUACAUGGAGAAAUUCUGAAUAGGGCUUCACAUGCAGAAAAUGUGAAUCAGUCUCCUUAUGGAGAAAAUUUCAAUCGGACACCUCAAGGUGAAAAUGUGAAUAGGACUCCACAAUUGUCUCAUAACCGACGUGUAGUUGUACGGAAUGACGAUUUAUAUUCUCAACAGUUACAACACAACAGUCAAAAAGCUGUUGAAAAUAAAAAUUUAUCAACUCUUUUAUAUCAGCCGCCCUCACCAAGUCAAUUUCAUCACAGUAAAAUUAUAGACCAAAGUACUCCUGUCUCAUCCGACCCUCCAUCAGGAUUCACAUUUAAUACCUCAAGGUCAAGGUCAAAUAGUGCUAGUGGAAGUAAUAAUGACGAUAAUGAAGUGAGGGCAUCUGAUUGGAGGAAAGAUAUGUAUAAUGAUAAUGUGCCGCCUCAGAAUUAUCAGAGAAGGACACAACAGAAUAGUUCGCCAACAGAUAGACCACCACCAUACAAACCUGCCCCACCCUAUUUGCAGGGUGCAGGGGCAGUGAGGAAGUUACCUCCCACACCUAAUAGAACCUCCCCCUAUAAUGGUGUAUAUAACUAUGACAAAAGGACUAGUAAUUCACCGAUUAUGUAUCAAAGAAUCAAUGAAAUCCCAAAUACAGAAAACUGUGAUAGACAAAAUGAACAUCGGACACAAGGUUACCAUGGUAACCAACAUCAAUCAAAUAAUCGUCAAAACGACAUUUCUUAUGGAGACAAUGUGUAUAGUGCUAGUUAUAUCACAAAUGAAAAUUUACGGACUCCAGAAAUGUCAAAAAGGAGUAUGACCCCAUUAUCUCAGACCAACCCUGAAAGGUCAAGGACACCAGGGUCUGUUGUUUGUGAUGAGAGACGAAAUUCUAGAGACUCGCCAAGAGAAUCAGGUUAUGGCAGCCGUGAACAAAGUAGUCAUCGAAAUUCACCAAACGAUAGCAAUCAUUCUCAUAAACAAUAUUAUGACCCCUAUAAUUCAGGGUCAUCUUUUGAACCUGGUGAUAGUCGUAACCCAGUGAUGUCAACAUAUGAUGAUGUUGAGAUGUACAAGUCUGAUGAUCCUCUCUCUCAGGUGUCGCAAGUCUCUAGUUCUACUGAUAGCGGCUAUCAUCAGUUACACUUAGAUCAAACUGAUUCUCCAUCUAAAUACUCAGGGUAUGGCAUGCCACCCCCAUCUAGAGCACCACCUGAUCCAUCCUCAUACACUUAUUCAACUCCCAACGCAAAAGAUUUCCCAUCAAGGGAGGCAACACCAGAUCAUUCAUCAACAGCUUCAUCCUCAUCUGUACCAGUGUAUACACAGAAUCCAAAGAAAUAUGAUAAGUUCCAUGUAGCAAUAACAAAGAAUCCGGGGUUAGGUUUUAGCAUCGCAGGUGGCAUUGGUUCCCAAGGGAACCCUUACAGACCAGACGACAAUGGUAUAUUUAUAACCAAAGUCUCAUCAGAUGGUCCUGCCACUAUGUCACUGAGACCGGGAGAUAAAUUAUUAGAGGUGAAUGGGCAAGAUUUUAAUAAUGUUCAACAUGAUGAUGCUGUGGGUGUGAUGAAGAACAGUAAGACUGUCUCACUUUACGUGGAAAGAGAGUUUCUAUGACAACUGUUUCCAGGAUAGUGUUUCAGACAACAGUUUCUAUGACAACCCUUUCCAGGAUAGUGUUUCAGACAACAGUUUCUAUGAGAACCAAUUCACGGAAAAGAGAGUUUUGGGUUUAUACUCAGUCAUUGAAGACAAAGACUUUCCUCAAGUGAAGGACAGUGAUAUGAUGAGAGAGUUAUUGUUAAGAAAAUUCCAUUCUUAUAAUAGUACUUUUAACAUAGAAAGAGCAGUUGGUUGAUUGUCAAAACAACAGUAUAAUGACUAAUGUAAAAGUGUUGUCGAGUUUGACUAUAAGAUGCUAUCAGAUCACCUAUGGUGACAGGGCAUGGAACUAUAUGGCCAGUCUAGAGACUAGAGUUUUUAGGGUGUAGUAAUAUGUGGAAUAGAUUUUCUUUUACUUAAACUUGGCAGCAUAUAACUAUUUUUUGUUUGUUUGUUUACCAAUAUCAUUAUUUGAUUGUUAAAUUGGGGUGGUUGAUUACACUUGCAAAAACAAAAGUAUAUUUCAUUUUAUAAUAUCAGAUGGUAUAACUUAGGUUUAUAUAGGUGGAAAUUUUGUGUAUGUCAAGUUUCAAGUUUAAAGGAAUUUAUUUCAUAGAAUAAUUUUUCAAAGAAUCAACAUUUUCUUUAUUAUUUGAAAAUUUGUUUAUUUUAGGGCUAUUCCAGAAAAAAAUGUAUGGAGGAUUUGGAAGGCAGUUUUUUUUAUCAGCACCCACCACCCAGACAAUUGUAAUUGAGAAUUAUAGUGUGAAAAGUUGCUCUGAUACCCAUCACCCAUGUAUUAUUAAUACAUUGUGCCUUCCAACCCCUCCAUACAUUUUUUUCUGGAAUAGCCCUUAUCAAAUAUAGGUGCAGAAAAAACUUCUUUCUCAAAUGGAGGAAAUGAAAAUUUACAAAAGAUAUACAUAAUUAAUUUGUAGCUUUGCAAAACAUUUUGUGAUUUUUUUUUAUAAAUUGAACCUGGGUGAUGAAUGAAUUCCAUUCUUAUUUUUGUUAAUCUUUUGUGAUUUUAAAUUGACCUGAAGAACAAAAAAAACAC